GCACACUACCGGGCACACUCCCGCUUGCUUUUCCGCCAGGAUUUAAAAUGUCAGUUGCAAGAGGCGUUGACAAAAAAAACCCCGAGUAGAGCAACAUAAUUAGUCCAACGAAUAUGUUUAAUCGAGGUAUUUGACGCUUAUGCUUUAAAUGAGGAAAUGCGGCAUAGUCACGACUGUUAGAUUAAACUCGUUACGAACGUUACACACUCGUUUUGAAACAUGUCCCUGCCACCAGAAAAGGCAUCUGAAUUAAAACAAAUUAUUCACGAUCAUCUAAUCAAGUGUGUUUGCAGAUGGAUAUCCAUGGCAAAAUUCGUGAUGUUUUAGCGGAGACAGUGAGAGGUGAUGGGCACCAUGGACAGCACGUUCUCUCUGAGGAGGAUUUCAUGCAUGCUCUCCAGCGGAGGGGAAUCGUGGAUGAUGUGAUGAAAGAUCUAAGUUUUACAAAUGUGUUGGCUUCUCAUCCAGAUGUGUAUCAAACUGAAGCUGACACUGUGAACAAAUCUGCAACUCAUUUUGUGGACAAGAAUAUUGCACAGUUGAAGCCAACCAUCAUCAGCCCACUGAGGAGACAUCUCUACCUCCAAGUUCUGGGUGGUAAGGCCUUCCUGGAGCACCUGCAGGAGCCAGAGCCUUUACCUGGACAGGUGUGCUCUACCUUCACCCUUCAUCUACACUUCCGUAACCAGCGUUUCCGCUCCAAACCGGUCCCGUGUGCUUGUGAACCAGACAUACAGGAGGGCUUUCUUCUGGAAGUACAUAGAGAUGGACCAGGAGAUGCUGGCAAAAUGGCAGACGCUACCACCAUGUUGUCCAUCUGUGAUCCAGUGCAUAUGGUGCUGAUCAAAACAGACACAUCUGGAGACACCACACUUGUUUCUUCUUAUUUUCUCGACUGGCGGACAGUUCUCGGUGCUCCCAAUGGAAAAACCAAUGUGUCAGUGGAACUGCUGGGAGUGGGUAGUGAAUGUAAAGUCCCUGCUGGUGUUUUAAAUCUCAAGUUGGAAUUGUAUCCUCCCCUUACUGAGACCCUGAGCCCUGAUGUCAUCACCACCCAGCAAUCUCUAGAAAGACAGAGAACAGCAGAAAAGGAGAGACUGUUUCUGGUAUAUGCAAAACAAUGGUGGCAAGAGUUUUUGGAGAUUCGACCCUCACAUCAGUCCAAACUGGUGAAGAUUUUUGCACAGUAUUUGGUGUGUGUCGUGAAGGAUGAAAAUGGCGUAAACCGACCCGUGUGUUCGUACGUGCGUGUAUUGCGUGCUGGCAGGUUGCUUGAGAGUCCUCGGCAGGGUGCACGGUUUGUCAGUUUGUUGGCUCAGGAGAAAGCACCUGUCGUUGGGGGAGGAGUCAGGCAGGAGCAGUGGUGCUCUAUGAUGGCUUUCCUCUGCAGGAACAAGGGUGACUGCGAGGAUCAUGCCACACUGCUCUGUAGUUUACUGUUGGGAUUUGGACUGGAUGCUUAUGUAUGUGUGGGCACCAAAACCAAGAACAUCCCACACACCUGGGUCAUGACCUGCGGCACAGAUGGUUCCGUCACCUUUUGGGAAAGUUUCACCGCACACAGAUAUGUCCAUCGUCCAGUAGACCCAGAUGCUCCUCCCAUGGUCCCCCAGCCAAAACCUACCUACCCUUACCGGACAAUCGGCUGUGUCUUCAAUCACAAGAUGUUCAUGGCGAACUGCCAGCCAUCAGAUGCUGUAGAACUGUGUGUGUUUGACUUCGCAGACGGCUCUCGCUGGAAGGCCAUGAGUGAGGAGGCCAUUCGGUCUGUGUGUGUGCCCGGCAGCACCUCCUCUCUCCCCCCAACUCCUCCCAUCUGCUCUCCUUCUGUGCUGCCUAAUGAGGCCAGCAACCAACUUGAGCUGGAGAUGCGCUACCUACUAGCCGAGCAUAGGAAGGAUCUGGGUCUGGCUACAGUCUGGGAUGAUCAUCUGUCGUACCUGCUGUCAGCCGCGCUGUGCGCAUAUGAACUGGAGCGCUGUACCGGUGUGUCUUGUGGAAACGAGGAGUUCCAGGAUGCUGUGAGGAGGGCGGUGCCUGAUGGUCACACUUUUAAAGGCUUUCCUAUUCACUUCCUGCACCGGAACGCACGCAGGGCUUUCGCUACCUGCCUCAGGUCACCGUUCUGUGAAGAGAUUGUUUGCUGUCGAGGAGAUCAUGUGCGCCUGGCGGUGAGGGUUCGAGUGUUUGCUUAUCCAGAGUCAGCCUGUGCUGUCUGGAUCAUGUUUGCAUGCAAGUACAGAUCAGUGCUGUGACAGAACAGAAGAAUCAGUUAUCUCAGGUUUCCAGACUCUCUGAGAGUCAACCCCCUCCUCAAUAUCUCUGCAGGUUUAGGGUAUUAUUAUAGAGUUUGGUUUUACAUGUACAGUUUGACAUUUAUUACAUCUACUCUGAAAUCUGCAAUACAGUCUUGACUGUACAAUCUUCAUGUAAAGAAUGCGUGUGUGUUUUUGAUUACUUGUAUUUAUUAUGGAUGUAUUUUUGUAAAUAAAUCACUAAUACAAUA